CUCCUCCUUCCACUUGUAUCUGAGACUCACGAGCGGUCUGGUCUUGCGAAGUUUGCAUCUUUUAUUUGAAAGAGAAACUCUGAGCAGCUUCCGGUUCGAAAAAUUUCAUUUAACAUUUAUUGUUUUAACUUGAAGACUCCGGGUUCAUGUCGUAUCGGGAUCCGACUCUAAAUCUGUUUCUGAACUGAAUCUGGAGCGUAAACGGGACCCGAAGGAUACGGGUCAAAACCAUCAAGAGGACUGAGACCAGGACCAGGACCAGGACCAGGACCAGGACCAGGACAUGUCCCGGGCGGAGGACCGGGAGGACCCGGACUGUGUUUGUUCCGUCGGGAUGAAGUUAACGUGGGACAUCAACGACCCCAAACUGCCGCAGUGAAACCAAAACAUCAGACCGAAGAUCUCAGGUCACAACAUCUGAUCCACAGUCACUUCUCAUACUGAUCAAUAUCUCGGAUUAAAAGCAGUUAAUAAUGACACAAAGCAGUUCGACCCGUUCCAGGAGUGGACAGACGGUUAUGUUCGGUACAUCUACAGUGCUGAAGAUAAAAAUGCUCAGCGCCAUCUGUCCGGCUGGGCGAUGAGAAACACCAACAACCACAACUGUCAGAUUCUGAAGAAGUCGUGUCUGGGGGUGGUGGUCUGCUCUCGAGGCUGCACGCUGCCUGACGGAUGCAGACUGCAGCUCCGCCCCGCCAUCUGUGACAAGGCCCGGCAGAAGCAGCAAAAGAAGCUGUGUCCGAGCUGUAACGCCGCUCUGGAGCUGCUGCCAUGUCGCGGUCACAGUGGAUACCCCGUCACCAACUUCUGGAGAGUCGACGGAAAGGCUAUCUUCUUCCAGGCGAAAGGGGUCCACGAUCAUCCCAGACCAGAGUCAAAGUCUGAGACUGAAGCCAGAAGAAGUUCCGUGAAGAGACGAGUCAGUUCACCUCCGUACACCCCCAAGAGACGACUGAUGGAAACACAGGCUUUAGGCCCUGCCCUCCUCUCCUGCGUUGAACCAGCAGACAGGAUCUCCUUCAUGGAACCAAACUUCCCGCAGCAUUACCCAGCAUUCCAGAGCCCAGACCCCUACUACAACCCCCACAGUGCACUGGGAGAGGCCCCGGCCACACUUCAGAAACCAGCCAAUCCCAGGCUUUACGUGGGCCGGCCUGGCUACGAGUUCCAAGGAUACCUGACCUCACCUUCGUAUCCUGUGACAUCUGACCUCUGUGACCCUAGGGUGGGACCAGUCAUGGGCUCCUCCUCCUCCUCAUCUUCAUCAUCGGCUCCUCUGUCCUCCUCCUCCUCCUUCGAUCCCCAGACGAAACCUCCUCCAGGCUGGAAGGAGCUGUUGAAGAGCUCCACCCCCUACGGAGACAACCACCAUUACUACAGCGCAGAGUACCCCUGCCGUUACCCGGGUAACGCCCCAGGUUCCCCCGCAGCGCUGCAGACCAUCAUCACCACGACAACCAAGGUCUCGUAUCAGCCCUGUCCCAAACCUCCGGCUGGUCUCCCGUCCUACCAGCCGUGUGCUCCCCCCAAACCUCCCGGCCUCCCCGGCUGCUCCUCCCUGCUGGACGACGCCUCCCCCUCGUCGUACUCCACAGAGGUGAAGGUGACGGAGGAUUCGGGUGGAGUCAUCAAGUCUCUGUCAUUUCAGCCUGAACCUCUGCAGACCAAAACAGAGAGGGCCGACGGCUACGACUACCGCUACGCCUACCCCAACACGUACCGCUACGACGACUACUGACGCAUCGCUCCCCCCGCUGCUGUCGUCACGACAACUGCUACAAGUACUGUUACUACCGUUACUGCCAAAGCAUCCAUCCAAAAUAACUUGUGAGUGACGGAUCUUCAGGACAAAGCUUUGAUCAAUGAGAAACUUUUUGAACAUUCACAGCUUCCCUCUAACGCCCUCAUCGGGAUGAAGAGUGAAACCUUUGUACACAACAUUUCAUUAAUUUAAGAAACAGCCUCAACAGCAGCUGUUACUCGGUUUCUGUCUCUCGUGGUUCAUUAGCUUGUAAGAUGAGUAGCUCCAUCUACUGAGGAAGACCAUGACAUGGGACUGAAAGCUUCAAAAACUCAAGUAUGAACCUUGAAGUUCAAGACUCUGUGGAGAUAAAGUUAAACCAUGAAUGAGAAAAUAAAAUAUUAGAUCUCCAAAGAUUUUCACUGUCACUCUGUUUAGAAAAUAAAAUGAACCUGCUGGAUUUAUUAUCACGGAUGUUUCUGCCGUUAUUUAUUGAAGCGGUCGGCCUUGAACCGGACUGAACCGGACUGAGCUGCUCUGAACAUGGACAUGAACAUAAAGAUGCUGUGAUGUGUCAACUGUAUCAAAUAAACAUGAAUUAACCUUCA